AUGUUACAGUUUUAACUGAAUUGGAAACAAACAUGUUCUUAUUUAAGUCAUAUUGGGUCUUAGAAACCAAUGAAAAUCAUCAUUGUCCUCAUAACUGAAAUCACUGUUUUCUUCCUCUUCUGUUUCAUUGUUAGAACAAGAUGCACUGUCUUCUUUUAAAAAACACUGUGGUAGUUUUUUCUUCUGCUGUACUUUCUCACAUUUGUCUUCCACAAUGACAGUAAUAUGUAUAAUCUUUCCUUUCCAAUUUUUCAAUGUCCUCCAGGAUGUGUUGACACAAUUUCCAGUUGUGGGCAAUGAAUGAUAUUUUACCUGCUCUUUCAGUGGUCAAGCGGUUUCUUAGUUUUGUAUGUAUAUUACCAUAUGUACUGAAAGACCUCUCUGUAGCAGCAGAGGUUACUGGCAUACCUAAGAUUCUGUUUGCUACUUGUGACAGCUGUGUAUGACCACACAGACCUUUCCACCAAGUACAGGGUUCAAUUUUACCUUUUUCAAGCGCCAUCCAAAGAAAUUCUUUGGCCCACAUACCUUCUCUACUUCGGUACUGAGCUAACUCUGUUAAAACUAUACCUUCUUCAAUGUGUUUCAUAUCGGUUGGAAUUUUGCAUAUAUACUCAACAGCACUCAACUGUUCAUCAGGUUUAAGUGUAUGGCCUUGUGAAGAGGGGUCUAACAUGCAUGCAGCCAGAUGGAUAGGUUUCAAAGCAAAUUCUUUCCUGGUUUCCAUUUUCAUUAGUACAAUUUUCUUGUCGCUUUUUGAAAGUGGGGAUUCUGGAAGUGACACUUUUAAAGCAUCUUCAAUUUCAGCUAAAGCUCCAUGUGUGUUAUGAAUAUUGAGUUUAUCUGAUUCUAACCUUGAAAUCCAGGAAACAACUGGCCGUAACAGGUUAGCCAAUUUUUCAAUUCUUACCCAAUACACAUCAUCAUCCAAAAUGUUAGUUUAAAUGUCUUUUGAAAUUGCACUACCAACUUUUUCGCUUACUGCUAAGGUCUGUAAACUUACUCUGUUGUUCAUCAUACUGUCUAAGCAAUGUAAGAAACUUCCCCAACGGGUUACAACAGGCAAGUGAAGAGUAGUUUUGUUACCUUUUGUCUCAUUAAUUUCAGAAAGUACUGAAGUUAAAAUAUGAGACUGUUUGGUGUUUUAAUGAUGUCAACUACUCUUUUGAAACAAUUAGAAACUGACUCACACUUCACAAUAUCAUUGCAUGAAAGAUGUAGUGUAUGUGCUAUACAUCCAAUAGACAAAAUAUGUGGAAAUUCAUUUUCUACCAGUUCACCUGCUUUUUUCAUGUUGGAAGCAUUAUCACCAAUAACCACUAAGAACUUUCUUGGAUCAUAUUUCAUCAAAAUUGUUUUCAUUUCACCAGCGAUGUAUUCUCCAGUAUGACGGUUGUCUUUGGUAUUAAUAGAGUCUACAAACACUGGCUGUGGUGUGUUGAUGAAAUUCAAAAUGCUUUCAUUCCUGAAAAUAAAUAAAAUUGAAUUAGUGUUAAAAUUAUUGUAAUUCAAAAGCCGUUAAUAUAAAGGCAAUAUAGUCCUCCUUAACACAUUCACAUUAUUACAGUAUGUCUGUUGUAAUGUUCCCAGUUUUAGGCAGAUUGUGUCAAUAUAUAGCCACUAUAAACAAGUGUUUUGCAGUUGACUGUCAAGACAAGCUAAAAAAAAAAGCAGUAAUCUUAUUACAAAUGUGUUAAUUACUUUAAAUACAUCAUUGAUGGUGUAUUGGCGUGCGGUGUAACUGCCAAAAACCUCAAACUUUACUCUAGACAGACAGCCAUACAACCUGCAUGAACAAUAACAGCACGCUUUUCCUGCAAACUCACACCAUUUUUUUUUUCGUUACCAAAUACAAUGUUAGAUUUAAAAGAGUUUUGUGUUAUUUGUGUAAUAAUAUUUUAAUUAUGUUAUUUAUAAUGUCAUAAACCUCUCUAUAUUUUCAUUUUCUUUAACAUAAUUUUUGUCCCUAAUUCAAUUUUUGCAAGAGUUUUUUUUUUUUACUAUAAAACAGUUUUAUUGUGAGGUUUGGUUAUUUGUGGCAUGGUUUGAUACACUACUGCAACACCUUCCUAUAAAAUUCAUAACAUGCUACAAUAAUGUACUUUGUGUGUGGCAUGGCACACUGAUUUGGACAUAUUGUAAGAAGACUUAUAAAAGUGAAUAUCUUAUGUAACCAAAAUUUUAAAAUCCUCAAUUUUGAAUCUUUACUGCCUUAGACAAAAACAGAAAGUGCAGAUUUAUAUAAACAAGUUGGUGCCUUUUAUAAAACAAAGUUAAAUGUGUUAAUAGUUGGUUAAAAAAUUGAUUAAAGACUCAAAUUGACUAUUAGCUUUGUAAUAUAUGUACACAGAUUUCUCUGAUUAAGUAGACAUUGAGUCAGGGAAAAUAUGUUGAUUCUCAAGAUCAUGGUUACAUGAAUUUUUCUUUAGAUAUGUUUUUUGGUUCUGUGAAUUCUGCCUUACCUCAGAUUGCUCCAGCCAUCACACUGCAAAGCAAGGUUUCUUGCAUCAGCUAUUAUUCCUUUAAUUCUAUUUUGAGUUUUUGCAAACUCUGCAUCAAGAAGGGUUGUUGAAACUGAUUUUCGUGUCGGCAGACUGUACGAGGGGCGAAUUAACUUAAAGAAUUCUUGCCACAGUGGAUGCUCAACCAUUGAUAAAGGUGCUCCACUAACAUAGAUAGCUUUAGCCAGCAACUCAUUGGCUUUGUCCUGCAAAACAAAAGAUUCCAUUACUUGAAUUAGUUGUACUAUUUAAAAUUUUUUGAAGGUUUAUAUGGAAGACAUGUUACAGUUUCCUUUUCUUUUAAAGGAAUUUUUCAGUCACUUAUAUACCUAUCACUGAUUUAAUUUUUAAUUUAUAUUUACAAAACAUGUUAUACCUAACUGGUUCACAAGCUAAAACAAACAUAAAAUACUAAUUUUUUAAAAUUAGUUCUGCAUUACUAAUGAUACAUCUUAAACAUAUCAAGUUAAGAUUAUGUUAAAAACAUUAGUCAAUCAAGCAUAACGACUAGGCACAAGACAAGCCUGUAUUAAAGUGACACUUACCUUAGCUGUUGCAGUCAUAUGGUCGAGAAAAGAAAACAUUUUGAAUUUACUCUGUGUGAGUUAACCAUAUUUGCCUAGUUGUAUUAGUACUGGCACUAGUUCCUGCACAUUCUGAAGCACUUGAGACUGCAAGUUGUAAAGAUGAUGGUGAAUUUUGUGUUUCACUGUAAAUCUGAGCCAUAUUUUCACUUAAGUUUACUGAUGAACUUGGACCAGCAAUAUUGCACACUUCAGGACAUGUAGUUCCAUUUGAAAGUUCUUUUUCUUGUUUUUCACUUCCCAGAAACUUGGAUUUGAUAGUUGGCAAGGCCGCGGCUAGUCCCUGUUAUUAGACGCGCGUCUCCGGCUGCUCAGGGGCGGUAGAUUAGGGUUCGUGCCUCGGGGCCUAAGGGAUCUAGCUUGCCCAGGAUGACUUCAGGAAAUAAAAGUCAGCAGGAAGUUUCCGGGUUUUAUGUACGAUAAAACACACCCUUUACAUGGGACUACCGCAGUCCCGCCUGUGGCAAUCUCAAUAAGGGCGAUGCCCGGUUCCGCGCACUUUAAUUUCCCCGCACACUGCAAGGGGCGUCCCACCUGUACUGUAAUCUCGACUAAAAUGGCUAAAAGAAACAAUAAGAGUUAUUAUUAAUAUCCAGGGAACGCUCCUAGACUGCGUCCCGCGACCGACACAGAUUGGAGGGCGACUUGCUGCGUUGCCGACGCCGAGCUCACCCUAGCUGUGGAGCGACGUCUCCCUGUCCACCUCCCUGCAUCUCCCGAGCGCGACUCGCUCCCCCACGUGCCGCGACCGCGACUCCCCUCCUCCGCGAGCCUGCGGAACGCGCGGAUUGGCCACAGGCGGAGAACCACUGCCUAGGCCCGGUGAAUAAUACGAAUAAAAUAAAUAAAAAAUAAUAUGAACUAUAAAAACAAAUUAAUAUAAAGUGAAAUACAAUCAAAAUAAGUACAUGCACAAGAAAACACAAGUCUACACUGCACCCUCGGCGAGUAGAAACACUUCCACGAAGCACCAUUUGGCAGGAGAAGGCAUUGGCGUGACAUAUAGGCCUGUAAGAGUUAAGGGGGCCUUUGGGCCGACGUCAUAGUCAAUGGACAUUUUGGACACUUUUUAAUGUGCCUUACCAUUCUUGUACUGUUUCUGAAGUAUGACACAUCACAAAAUACGCAGAACACUUUGAUUUUUCCUUGAACUGAUUUUUCGGAAAAAUAACUCCAAAUAUCACCUUUAAUCUUGCCCAUUUUUCAUUAACCAGAUAACACUUAUAAAAUUCAACCUCAAAACCAGCUAUACUAGCACAAUGCAUCUCGUGUAGCAAGCACAACAGGACUGACUGUCUAGCAAUAAUAUGUACAAAAUGGGUUAAGUUGUGAGAAGACUAGAAGUGUGAGAACAGAAACUAUAUACCAUAUGGCAAAUGCUCAAAGCACUUUAUCUUAUCUUCCUGGAAGAAGAGUGGAAACAUGAGAACUAGUGUGUGAUUUGAAAUUGAUAUAAAGUUUGAAGUACCCAAAAGUGAAAUUCAAUCCCACAUUUGUCUCUCACAAAAUAACAAGGUAAACACACAAGAAAAUUUUAACAGAAAUUUUACCAGCAUGGUUUCCCAUAAAAAAAAAAGCAUUGAGGGAGAAUAUUAUACUCUUUACUGAUAUGGUCGAUAUGGAUAAAUUAAUAUGCUAACUAAGCUCUUAUUAAAUCUGCAAUGAUUUCAUAACAAAUGUAAGAAUAUUGAAUUACAGCUAAAAAAAAUUCAAUGUUUCCCAAUGUUUCCACUUUUUUUCAAAGUUUCCAUGAGGUAUGUAAAUUUUCCAUUUUUGAAAGUUUUCGGCAGGAAAUUUUAGACUGGAAACUUUCCACUACCCAUCACUAGAUGUAUCGUGCACUUUACUACCACUCUGCUACAGAUAUAUGACAAGAACAUGGAAGAAACUAUAGGAAUUAAUGGUGGUGUUAUAAUUUUCUCAAGUACUUUUUAAUUUGAGAUUAUUUCUUUUUAUGACCAUUUAAGUGUACAAAAGGUAUUACAGGAUAGUUUUGCUAUUAUAAAGUUCAUUUGGCAUACCAAAUACCUUUGGUACAUCCUCCGAUGUUCACAAAAGUGAACAUAUGUGUCUUAAUGCGCCAGACGCGGGCACGCCAUCUAGACAAAAUCAGCUAAAAAAUAAGCUUUGCACAUGCGCAGAAGUUUGGGCAACAAAUAGGCUAUGGACAGGACACCAGAAUUCAUUCCUUAAAAUUAAAGGACUGGCCAUGUUCUAUCUAUAGGGUUUGGGAGCGGUAAUGUGCACUAAAAAUACAGUUAGGGUACACGUGUAGCAUAUUCAACACUUAAACCCUUUCUUUUUUCUGCGUCUUGGAAUACUGGUAUCAGAUCCAUACAAUUCAACAAUAGAAUUCAUAAGUAGUAAAAAAAACUCCUGACAAUAAUCAUAUCUUUAAAAUUGUUAGUGGGGAUAUGUAUAUUUUUCAAAUUAUGAUACAUUUGAGGUAUUUCUGAGAUAGACGUAAUAAACUACAAAAUUACAAAUUAAGCGAUUUGUUAUGUUAAUUGCAUUUGCGUAGCUUAAAAAACUCCAUGCAUGCCUAGAAGGGAAGUGUGGCAAAUAUGUAGUUCAUUUCAUUUGAUAUGCUUUUAAAUAGAUUAAAGUUUGCAUUUUUUAUUUCCUAUGUUAUUUUUGUAUGUAGUAUUAUAAAAGUAUUAACUUAUCACUACUACUUUUUCAUCGCCUCACCCUAUUUCUGAUGUUGAGAGUGACGUUAAGAUAUAACCACCAAAAACAGUUUGGUUGAAGAUUUUUUACCAUGGAAUGUCAUGAAAAGGUCAAGAAAAUGUGACUAAAUUUUAUUUCCACAAUCCAGUAGACACCCUUUGACAGCUCCGAGAUGAGUAUGGUGGAUCAGUGGGUUGAUUACGGAUAUUUUAGCCUAAAGCGUCACAACUACGACGCCUUGUUGUUAUGGCAGUCACCUUAUGACAGGGAGACAAAAAAGCUAUUAAGUUUCUCCUUGUCAUAAGCGCCGCGCCUUACAUAGGGAAUGUUAACUAUGAUGUUACAACCUUGUAUAAUUUGCAGCAGUUGGUGUUACUUACUGAUGCCUGGAAUUUAACUUGUAAGCCGUGUGGUCAAGUUACCAUGGCAACACAAAAGUCCACUGAUCAACAACCACGUAAUACUUGUGUUUUGAAUUUUAAUGAUUUUUAAACAUUAUCAUCGUAGCAUUUCCAGUUUUGUAAAAGAGCAAUUGUGUAAAUGCAAACACUGCAUAAACAUUGCUCUUAAAAUAUUCAAAUUUAUGAUUCUGUAUUUACUGCUUGUGAUUGUUUUUAUUUCAUUUAAUGCGCAAUGUUAACUUUGUUGGAUCCUCAUAUUUAAUGAUUUAAAAGUGCUUAGUACAUAUGUUUAGUAUAGGCCUACAUAAGAUAUAUCAUCAGUGGCUUUUUUCCUAACUAAUAGUGCAAUGUUCCAAUUAAUUACUAGUAAUUUCAUCAUAUUUGCUAAUGUAAUUUUGUCUUUUUAACUGUAAAAGUUUGAUUAGCAAUGGAAAAUAACAAAUAUUAUGUUCUUUCCCUUGAAACACAAGACAACAUUCAUUUUAAUAAAAUAUUUUGUUUAGAGAAUCAUCAACUAAAAACAUGUAAUUACUUUUCCAUAUCAGAUGAAUUAUUAAACAGGAGUAUGUGUGCAUUCUAUGUAUUUGUAAUGAACAAGGAAUUCACAUCAGUAUGAAUUUAAGAUUAACCUUUUUCCAAAUAUUAACCGUUUUCCAAACUUCACAAUGUUUUAGGGUAAAUUUACAAAGAAGCACUUCUUGGAAAUAACUCAAAUAAUAACUAAAGUGAAAGGUUGGUUUUGUUAGCUAUAUUAAUUACGUAUAAAUUAUUACUACUUAUUGGAUAAAUAUUAUUAAUGUAUCUGACUUAACCCAAUAAAUCUUUUACUUAACUAUUAUACUAACCUUAUUUCCUAGAAGUAGCUUCUCUACAAUAUUGUGAACCUAGCCUAAGUUUAUAUGGUCCAAUUGCGCUUUUUAUUCAUUGUGGACCAUAUACAGAACCCAAUUAAAUGCUUAGUCUCCAUAAGUUCAUCUAAAAAUACUCAGUUUUUUAAUAUAGCUAGGUUUGUUUUAGUUUCUUGUGAUAUGUUCUGAAUGUUUAAUUGCUAAGGCUUGGAAAGACCGUAGUCUUGCAUUUGUGAAUAACUGAUUUGUUUUACAAGCAGAUUUGCUGUUUUAUUCUAGAAAAAUUUUCUUAUUAUGGUAUUGUAUGGUAUACAGUUUUCACUGCAUUUGUUUGUAAAGAUGAUAUACUAGCCCAGUUUGUGGAUACUGAGUGAGAAAAUUACUAGGAUGUGAAGCACAAUACGAGAUUAUGUCACAAGAUAAAAUACUUAUUAAUGCCCGAUUAUUAAUGGUACGUUAAAAUCGCAAUUGCGAUAAAUGCGAAAUAGAUGCGAAAUUUCCGGGUUUUUGCGAAAUAUAUGCGACGAUUUACAAAACUUGGAAGAUCAUUAAAAGAAGUGCCGAUUGGCCCUACACAACAAAUUAAUAUGUUCAGAAUAAGACUUAACAAAUUAAGUAUACCGUUAAUGUUUUAACGGCAAAUACAUACGUUAUUCAGGAUUCAGCAAACACAGUCGUAUAAUUUUGGUCGCGCAUUCGCGUUUACUGUCGAAUGUAUAGUGAAAAAAAAUCCCGUCCAUGCCCGCUAACCUAAUGUGAACACAAUAUAUCAAUAUUAUGUUUGAAAACUAUGUAGCUUGCAACAUUAUCUAAUCAGCUGUAAUCAAGGCGAAACAUCUUUCGAUUUUGCUAUUUUUUGCUUCCGAGGGUUGUUUACUAACAAGAAAUUACAACACAAUAAACACGGCACAAGCUCGCCGCGAACAAAAGCUGUGAUUCGACGAUGUAGUUAGAAUAUCGAUAACAGAUCGCAGCACAUCUGAAGUGCUGCCGCAUUGAUCUAGCGUUGGAAGUUCAAACUACAUGUACGUGCGCAAGCCUCAGCAUACAGUUGGUGCGCUCACACUGUCCGUUUCGAGGCGUUUAUUAUCGCAUGCAUUUUUAAUUUCGCUGCGCACGCACUGUUUUGGCUGCUUUCAGAUCAGAUCACCAUAGUUUUGUGUGUACAAAUGUUGUGACAUUUGUCUAGUCGGUGCAUUGUGUUCAUUUUUUUUGUGCGUCGGUGGGAGUAGGUAUAAUUAUCUCUAGAUAUGGGGCGACCCAAAAUAACUAUUAAAGACCGUGCGAGAGACUACAAAGAAGAAAAAUUUUAUGUAAGUGAAUUGGGAAUUUUAAUUUGUGGGAUAUGUAAUAUAAUGUUGGAAUGGCAGAAGAAAGAUAACUUGGACAAGCACUGUCAGUCAGGUGGGCAUAAAAGCAAAAAAAUAAUCUGUUGAAAGUGACCCUCAGUCCAGCAAGCGGCAAGCCAGUUUGUUUGAAAUAAAUGAAAAUGCAAAGAAAGCCAAGCAGGAAAAAUCAGAAUUUGUCAUGGAUACUGUGAAGACAUUCCUUCAGGCAAACAUACCACUACAUAAAUUAGAUAAUCCAGCAGUGCGUGAAUACUUGUCAAAAUAUGUUAAGGGAUCUGGUGAUUUGCCAGCGGGCGACAAGUUGAGACGAGUUUAUGUAGAGAAGUGUGGCGAAGAUGAGAGAGAGAGACUUUGCAAAGAAUUUGAAGGAGAAGACAUUGUAAUAGUUGCUGAUGAAACGACUGACAUUCAAGGACGAUGUGUUUUUGCAGUAUUGUUUAGAACUGUAAACAGUUCAGCAAAACAAAAGGUUGCUCUUGCCAGUUGCUCUUUUCUUGAUACAGUUACAGGGACAACAUGUAGUCAAGCUAUAGUAGAUGCUGUUCAGAAAUAUGGCAUUUCAUAUGAUCACAUUGUUGGUCUGGUGUCAGAUUCAGCUCGGUAUAUGAAUACCUGCUUCUCUGCUCUGAUAGUUCUUGUUGGAGACCAUUUGAUACAUUUUAAAUGUUGGGCCCACAAGAUUAGUCUCAUUGGAGAUGUCUUUAUGACAGAACUGCCAGAACUUAACAGGCUUAUUGUUAACCUGAAAAUGUCCUUUCUUCAUGGCAGAAAGAUAAAAAAUUUGUAUAUUAACUUUCUGAUGUCAGAAUACCCCGAAUUACCUCCUGUGUUGUUUCCUAAACCAGUCAUCACAAGAUGGAAUUAGUGGUUUAAGAGUGUUGUCUAUCUUGACAAAUACCUAGAUCCUCUUGCAAAAUUUCUUUCUCAGUAUGAAGAUAAAAAUGCAAGUAGUCUGUUGGUAUGCGAAACACUCCAAACCCCAGAACUGAAAAUGCAGGUAAAGACACAGAUCACAUUCGUUUCUGAAAUCUGUCAACCUCUGAUGACACUGAUUACUAUUUUUGAAGGCUCUGAGUACCCUUGUGGUCAUAUCAUCUGGGACCACCUUGAAAGAAUAGAUUUGUCAUUGGGGAGACAAGCAAAAGGAUUCUUCCCAGAAAAAACUGCAGCAUUUUUGUCUCGUUGCAACAACACAGUGAUGAAGGCAAAAAUGACUGAAAACCUGAAUAAUGCCUGUACAAAAGCACACAUGAAGCUUGUACUGCACAUGGGUCCAUGUGAAGCCAACAAUCUAUACAGGGCAUCAGGCAAACUCUUCAACCCAGCUGUUGCAGGACAAGUAGUGCAGGUUAAUGAAGCAUCUGUUCAUGCAAACAGAUCAAUACUGCCUGCAUGCAAAUCUGUGGAUUUGAAAUUUAUGGAAGGCUACCUAUAUUUCCAUGAGCAGUUGGUGAAACAGCUUAAAGAUGGAGCCAAAGUUGAUGUUCUUCAGAUUUUGUUGGCAAUGCGACCAAACUUUGAAGAAUUUUGCUGUGCAGCUAUCAAAUCUCUUUGGUUACCAGUCAACAGCGUAGAUGCUGAAAGGUUUUUCAGUAGCUACAAUCUUGUGCUUACCGACAGGAGGAGGAAACUGACAGAAAAUAACUUGGAGACUUGUGCUAUGUUAAAGUUCAACCAGUAGGAUUAAUAAUAUUUACAUUGUGGGUGUAGUACUGUAAUGAAAGUGAGUGGACAUAUAGGUAUGGGUAAACUGUUGACUGACAGUACACAGGAAAAAAUGUAUAUUUUAAAAACUAUUUUUUUCAAGCUAUAAAUAGUAUAACAUAUUUAUAUCUUAAUUUUAUAGAUGCUGCAAAAUGCAAAUUUUCUCAAUGUAUAUGUGUUACAAAAUGCUAUUUUCCUAUUUUAUAAAUGCUACAAAAUGCUAUUUUCCUAAUUUUAUAAAUUCUACAAAAUGCUACAGACCACAAAAUAAAUGCUAUGAAAGGUGUUUGUAAAUGCUCUUUUAACGUACCUCUACCGAUUAUUCACUAUCAAUGAAUACUUUUUUGAUAAACACACAUUAUUUAUUCCUGUUAUACUUUGUAAUAAAAUUUUAUCUUAAAAGUUUCCACACCCCUGUAAUCUCUUCUUAGAGUGUUGGUGUGCAUGUCACAAUUUAUAAAUAAAUAAAAUAAAUAUUAAAUAAUUUGUACAAAACCUAAGAAAAUACUUUGAAAAAAACUCAUAAUCCUAGGGCACAGACAUCCAUUAAUUAUGUGAUGAGUUUGGAAUAUCUUAAAAUUGUACUUAUAAAACGUUUUUGCAUGAAAUAAAUUUAAAUAAAAAUUGAAAUUCUCACAGAAAAAUCUUAUUUCUGUCUUAUGACGUGGCGUGGUAACCUAUAAUGGCCAAAUUUUGGCAUGUAACGUUAUGACAGCAUGUCAUAAUAUUGCUGUACAAUGUCUUAACUAUUGCACCUUAUUGCAGGUUGGCCACCAGUCUUGAAUUUCGGGAAAAGCAGGAAAUAUGCGUGAAUUACCAUCGUCGUGAAAAAACCCUGGAAUUAUGCUUGAAUUAUUGGCUGACGCCGGGAAAUUUUUUAAUCAACACUGUGUGUUAGGUAUUCAUAUUAUGUUUUAUCGUAGAGUUUUUGGUGGUAUUAGAACUACAAUCUUACAUGAACAAAAAGCCAGCAGUAAUUUUAACCGCCUGAUAACUUUGUGGCUGAUAUAAUUUACAGUUGUUUUGUCAACUUCAGUUUAGUUUUAAUGACUACAGCCACAUUGAACGUAGGUGACUGAAUACCAAACAGUUGAACACCUUGCGCAUUUGCAUUGUCAAUAUGGCGAUGUUGUAAGGUAAAUUAUUUUUUAUAACGUGGAUAAAUAUGUUUUUAAAUAAAUACCUAGGGCAUUCGACUUAAUGAGACGUUCGGUGCUUAUGAGAUGUAAAUUUACUUUGUAUAAAAUAAUAAAAAUGUUUUUGUUUCGUGUAAAAUGUUUUUCACAUAUCAGUUCCAACAAAAUUUUACCAAAUGGUCAAAAUAGUGCCGGGAUUAGUAUAAAGCAGUGUUAAAAAAUUUUUUUUAUCAAGAUGCGUUUCAGUUGGGAAGAUUUUAAUUUUCCUGUGCAUGAUGAUAAAGUUAAGAUAUUAAUGUUCACUCUUGUGUUGAUAGUGUGUGUUAAAGGUGUUAGUUCAUGUUUUAGCAGUUUAUAAAAACAGAUAAUUGUGCAUGUUUAAAGUGUUUCGCGACUGAGAAGCAAGCUUUCCCGUUUGGGCACCGAAAACUCCUAAUUUUUCUUAGUAAGUAAAAUGUUUUCAAAACAUUGUUUUCUUAACCUUAAUAUUUAGAAAGAAUGUGAAAUACCCAGUGAAAGACAUUUUCUACAUAUACAUGUGAAAAGUGUUAACUUUUUUUAUUUGAACUAAAUCCAUUGAAUGCAUUUUGUUAAAAAGAUCUCUUUAAUCUUCAUUGCUUUUGAAAAAGAUAUAUUUUCUAAUAUUUAAAUAAUAAGCCUAUAGUAUAUGUUGUAGUGGCUCAAUAAAUUAGAUUAAGUUAUUAAUGCAGUUUAGAACCAUUUAUUGUAUUGCCACAUAAUUUUUUUAAUUCCUGUGGUUCAGAACAGAUAAUUGAAAUUUUUUAUGUUAUUGUGGAUAAUGUAAGUAUUCAUAGGGUUUGUCUAGUUAACACAUAUCUGUAUUGACUCAUUUACCUAACUAAAUCAAAUUUUUGUAAUUGCAGCUAUUUAGUUAAAAAAAAGUUGUAAUGUAAACAAUAAUCUACCUAGUUAAAAUGGUAAUUAAAUACAACAGCACAAACCUAGGAUAUGCUGUUACCCACGUUGUUAUGUUAGGUAGAUUCCAAGAUUAGGCAGGGCAAGGUUCUUUAUAUAUAUUGAAUGGGUUAAAGUAGUUGCUUUGUCUAUCAUUGUCUAGUUCUGUUUUUUUUUAAAAAGCUGCAGCAAGAUGAUAUUUUUUUCUAGGUUUUAAAAAAAUCACAUUAGAAGGAAAAACACGAAAAGACAUCAUUCCAAAGAAGGUGGUUGUUGAACCCUGAGUUUAAAGAUAGGUUAAAGUUCCUCGUGAUGUGUAUACAGCAAGUCAGCUCUCAUUUCAGUCAGCAGCAUAGGGCGACAAGCGCCUACAAGUCAUUUGUCUGGUAUUAAACAUAAAGACAGGGCAAAAGCUUUAACUGCAGUGCCAGCUAUAAGUUUUUUCUUCACUGUCUCACCCUCCCUCUACCAGUUUACUUUCAAUGAAUUCAGCCACAUUUACCAGUUCUACACAAAACUAUUUGACUGAGGAGCUGCAAUCAGGACGUGAAAAGAACACAAUCAUAAUUGAAUCAAUAGAUUUAUUCUAAAUCAACGGUUCAGCAUUCAGUCUCCCAUGGACUUCAGAAAUUUAUUUUUUAAUGACAAUUUGACAAAAGCUGAAAUUAUUUGCUGCUUGCUGACCAUUAUGUCCCAUAAGUCAAUGCCAAUGGCAACCAAAUAUGUGUCUCUUUUUGAACUUAUGUUCCCAGAUAGUGACAUAGCAUCCAAAAUUAAGCUUCAAAGAACAAAUAAAUUACACCCUACUGUUUGGGCUUGCAUCAUUUUUCAGGCAACAACUAGAAAAAGUUAUAGCAAUAUGCUAUAAGUUUGUGCUUGUAUUUGAUGAGUCUCUAAAUAAGAUGAGUCAGCAUCAACAAAUGGAUUUGAACGUUCAAUACUGGGACACCGAAAAAGUUUCACCAUUAAAAAAAUUCCUUGAAAAAUUCAAUUUUGUACCUUGAAAACCUGGAAAUGUGCAUGAAUGUUAAUAUCCAAGUUUGGUGGCCAUCCUGUAUCGUUACGAAAGGGCAAAAUGAGAUCCGUAAUCAACCUACAGUUUCUCUUAUGUUGGUGAAAGAAGAUACACUGCUUGAUAUGGUGUCUCACAUGACAGCUAAAGUUGGAUUGGUUCAUCAGAUGCCUUUCACGUGCGACAGAGAAGGCUUUGCAGCAGCUUUAGAAAAGAUCUAUUUUGGCACUGUACAGGCAAGAAUGUACUUGAGUGCUGAUUUCCUAAAGAUUGUUUGUCACACUGGAAUGUCGACUCUGAUACGUAAGUCGAUAAUUGACGAGGCAGGUGGUCUGGCAGCGUUUGGCUGCUAUUUGGCAGAAGACUUUUUCCUGGCCAGGUCGAUUACUGACCAUGGUUGGAAGACUUGCAUCAGCAGCCAGCCAGCUUGGCAGAACUCCGGUAUUUGUGAAGUGAGAAGUUUUCUGGCCAGGCUUACGAGGUGGGCAAAAUUGCGGGUAGCCAUGGUGCCUUUCACGAUUGUUCUUGAACCUCUGUCUGAGUGUAUGGUUCUGGGAGCCUGUGCAUCUUGGGCAGCAUCUUUCCUCUUCAACCUGGAACCCUGCAGUUUCUACCUUGUUCACAUUCUCGUUUGGUUCCUCUUGGACUGGAUUUUGCUUUCCAUUGUCCAGAAUGGUUCGUUGCCCUUCAGCAAAUUUGAUUUUGUGGUUGGAUGGCUGUUCCGUGAAAUCAGCAGUCCAUAUUUAUUUCUCCUUGCAUUGUGGAAUCCAGCUAUAAAAUGGCGAGCGAGAACUUACAGACUUCAGUGGGGUGGAGUGGCAGAAGAAUUGAAUUCAAAACUUUAAGUCUGAUUUCAGCCUGUUAACUAAUUUCUUACAUCACGUCAAAAUAAUAUUUUGCGUACAAAUACUUUUAUAUGUAUUUAAUAUAGUCUACUCCCAGGUAUCCAUGUUAUCUACAGGUAACUUAAACCUUGGCUAAUCUGCAAACUAAAAUUAUGCUUGUGAGGUUUGUCAGCUAGAAACUUUAAACGUUCCAUUGUUCCAUUGUGAAACACAUCCUCCAGAUAAUGGAGUAUUUGUGUAGCUAUAAGGGUAGAUAAUGUUUUAGGAAAUGUAUAUACACCAUUGUGUGUAAUCUCUCACUGGAGUGUUUGUAAAAAUUUGCCAAUUUCAUGCACUACUGUACGUAAUUACAAUGCAGUGGUUAGCUUUUUCAUUUUCUCUCACAUCACACUGUUAAUAAUAUUUAUGAACGUUUUUACUUCGAAGGACAUCUGUUUCGGAUGGUGAGAAAAUAUGUAUGAAGGAAAUAAAACUCCUGGACCGAUCAUGCUAUAGAUAAAAAAUGUUUGCUCGUAGCAAAUAUAUAAAUUUCCUCAACCAGCUACAUUUAUAAAAUCUGAGUGGUUAAUGAAACACUGGCAGAAGAAUAUAGAUUUUUAUAGAAAACACAGCUACAUUUUUGACCUACAAUUGCUCUUUGCUCAUUGAAUUAAAUAUAUCAUUAGUGGCAGCUAUUUAUCCAUCAUGUCCAGGUUAAUACAUUAAAAAAAAAGAACCUACUAAAUGUAAAAAAAAAAAAAAAUUAGACUAUAUGAUAAGAAUGAAUUUUCAUUGCUCUUUCCCCAGUUAUAAUUUGUUGAACUUCUGUGUAUAGUUGGCCAAUUUUGCUGCAAUAACUUUGCUCAUAACAUAUUUUAUUUCUGACUGUUGAAAUUUAAAUUUGGUUUUGAGGCACUCUUGUAAGAAUCAAUUUCGGAACUUGGAUUUGAGUAAAAAUGGAUUUGACCAUCGUUUGGCCAUCAUUGGUUUUUAUACAUGGAUAAGCACAAUAAAAUUAGCUGGAGGUUUUUUUACAAAUAUUUGGUCAUGAUAAUAUACUCUAUAAUGACUAUAACUCUUAGCAUUAAAAAUAAUUAAUAUAUAAUUGUCCAAUUGUGAUAUCCAACAUGUGUGAGAUUUUGACUUGUAGAUAAUUAUGUGUGUGAAGCAUUAAUGUUCUGCAACUACAGAAACGUAAUUUUUUAGGAGUAUAGCCAAGGCAACACAUUUAAUCUCUAAUAUGAAUAGGUUUAUGUUCCCACAUUGAAUCCAUUUAAAAUGUAUUAUGUUUGGACCGAUAAUUUUCUUAUAAAUUAUGACAAAGUGUUACUUAAUAAAAUAAAAGGACACAAUAAAAAGAGUGCCUCAUGAAAAUACUAAACUGUUUAUAAUUGAACUUUUUUGCAGUGGUUGAGGAAGUGGUCAAUAAUAAAAAAUCUGUAGUUAGUUGAAACUCUUGGUUAAGAAGCCAUGGUUGGCAAGAGUAGUCUGUACUUGUUAAUUUUUACACCAUCUGCCUUUGUAUCAUGUCCCACUUUAAUAUCCUUUUUUUAAUGUUUGUCUUUAAAAAUGUAUUCUAUCAAACAAUCAUUACAAAUAUUACAAUAUAUCUGCUUACAGUGUUCUCUUGACACCAGUUUUUAUGUUAUUAGGGUCACUUCUAUAGUCCUUCCAAAUGUUUUUCUUAGAAAAGAACUAAAAAGUUUGUCAUUUUAGUGCCUACAAUCUUUCAAAAUUCCUAGCAUCAUCAUUGUGGACGAACCAAGUUAUUUUUAUCUGCUAUUCUCGCAUAGUCAAUUUUUUAAAGUACCCAUAAAAAAAAUUUAAUGUUUUUAAGCAGAAACGUCAUUUUCAGGACUUCAAUAUUAUUUGAAUAUGUUAACAUAAUCUUAGUUAUACUGACAAGUUAAGCAAGUACAUUUUUUUUAUUUAUAUUGAUUGACAUAUUAAUUUCUCAGAAAAAUCUAGACAGUUUCAUUCACUCUUUUGGGCCACUUAUUAAAUAGUUUUAAAUUUAUUGCUGUUUCAUUUUCAAAAUUACACCUGCGCUCAAAGUAACGCUGUUCUAUUUGUGCAGUUUUGAAGUAACACAGUCAUAGAUUCAAAUUAACGCUUGUUUUUAUUGACGUGAAUUUGUUUUUAUUUCUGUGCAUGCACAAAGGCAACUGCACUUAAUUAACAUUAAACACAAUGCAAUGAAUUAAAAAGAUGACAACUCAACAAUCUAUAAUAUAAUUUUUUAUUAAUACUAAUUGCUAUUUGUUUCCUUUAUUACAUAUUUACUUGAGCACAUUAAAAAUGGUGCAAUGUUUUAUAUUACGCAGAAGUAUAUCACAGACACUCAUGUGUGUUCAGCCAUGUUUAUAUUGCACCAUCUGGAAAGUCAGCAGCAGCUCUGGUGAGAAAGGCCAUAAAACUUUCAGGACAAGUUCAACUUGCACCAACCAGGCUGCACUAGUGGUAAGUCAUGUGGUUAAUAAUUCAAGUAUUAUAGUGGGCAGACGUGCAUUUAGUAAACAACAGAUUUGGGAAUUACGUUAACAGGUUAAAGAAUCUUUCUUGUUAAUAUAAAAUUUAAAGUUUAUGCUGCUUUAAUCUCAUUGCAAAUUAAAACAGAUCCACUUAAUUAAUAUUAUUUUGUAACUCAUAAAGGUUGUUCACACAAUUUCUUUAGGUCCAUUAUGUAUACAUUGCGGCCUGUUAAUUUUUUUGGGAUGGUGAUUUCAAAAAAUGUAAUUUGUGUGUAUUUAAAGGUACUUUAAAUAUUUUUUUAAUGUAUUCAGAAAUAUAAUUAGUAUUUAAAUGAUUAGGGAACCUAUUAUUUUGAUUAACAUGCGGUCUUAUGGGGAGGAAAAAAUAUUUGAUUGGUAUUGUUUUUAUUAGCACACUGUUUUCCUGAAACAAAGCAAGGCAUUACUUUGAGGAUCAGGUGUAAUCAUUUUCAAAAAUCCUGCCUAGCUCAAGGUUUUUUUUUUUUUUUUUUGUGUCUUUCACUUCAAGUAUACUUAGCAGUGUAUGAAGAUUUGAAUCUUGGGUUGCGGAUUCAUCAACUGUUAAGGGUGUAUGUGUGUUAGGCGGGAUGAUAAGUGCGAUGCUCGCUGGUAUUUCUAGCGCGGUAUAGCCUCUAAAUGCAAGGCUCUAAACUGGCACGCAGUCUUCUUGUCGUCUCAGGAAAUCUGUGAAAUUUGAUCGGUGACCGUAAGAUUAUAUGGUGGAGAAAUUAAUAUAAAGUUGUAAUGCAAGUUCCUUACGUGCUUUCCAGAAUCUGUAACGGUUGUUUUACGCCUAAAAAUUACUCCGAAAACACACCUUUUAGCCAUUUUCACUUUUCUAAAAACACAGUUUAUAAACUCAAUCUGAAAUCAAAAAUACUUUUUGGCCCUCACUCUGAUAUCUCUGAUAUCUUGAGUAUUUUUGAAAUUGUGUUGUUUUUAUUAAAGCGCUGCGCACCCUAUGUGUACCGGGGCAGAUGGCACCCUUAAAGCAAGCACUUGGAUUCCCUGAAAUUUGAGGCUAGUGAAAUGAUUAGUACGUGCUAACAUAGUCUGAGAAGCUGUUUGUUGCUGCACCAUUGAGAGAGGUGCAGCAGCACCAUUCAGAGACGUGCAGUGUUAUAGGAUUUGUUCCUCGCUGGUUUUACAUGAUUUUGGUUUCUAGUCUAAGGUGGUUGUUUGAACAAAAGAUGGCUUAACCAACAGUUUUCUUUUUGUAUUAUAAAAGGAUACAUAUAUUAAAUUUAUGACCUGUCUGAUACAAUUUUGUCACAUGAUUCAAAAGAGGCAAAUAGGAAGAUAAUUUAGAGACAGCGAGGAUAAUAGAAGACUUCACACCACAUACACACUGACAGGAGACACCAUAAUUUCUGGCAUAAUUCUUGUCCUCACUUGAUCCCCAAACCUUAAUUUUACAGUGUGAGCAAGUUUAUUCAGUACUGGCCAGAGAUGUGUAACAUCUAACCUCAGCAAUGAGCAAAUUCAUGUGUUCUCAUGUUACAAAUAAACAUAUAAUACAAAACUCGAACACAAAAUUUAGCGUAGAAUUCUUUAAAAUAAUGCAGAGUAUGAUAAAUAUACUCAAAUUGUAUUUUAAACUACACCUUUAGAAUUUGUUACCAGAGCAGCUAUGUUGACUUUUUGUUAUUUGAUUAGCAGUCCGAAAUUUUUAAAUGUAUAAUGAGAUGGCUCUGAUAAAAGCUAAAAAGAUUUUAAAAUUACAUAACCCUGGAUUUGGACCUAAUUUUUAACAUGGAAUUUUAUUAAAAUACUGCCCAUCUUGUUAAAAUUCACUACACAAUUAAUAUUAUAAUGUUUCUCUCUGACUUUGGGUUCUCACCAUCCGCAACAGAUGGCAGCACCGCGGUUGUGACACAUUUCUGUUUCUUGACUUCCGUUGCAUUCACGAAAUCACUCUCACCAAAUGCAGUAUAACGAGAGCUAAUAUAUUACAUGUCAAAAACAAAAAUUUGUAUUUCAUGUAGCACAGUUAUCUUUUGAUUUAGCAUUUUUAAACUGUAAUGCUCUACUUCAUGCCACUUAGGCUAGAGUUCAAGGUCAGUGGUGAUUUUGAUUUGUUAUUUAUUUGCACUGAGUGAAUUCAGUUUUCUACUGCCAAACUAAACCUUACCCAUGAAAAAAAAUUUAGUUUUGAACCAAACAAGUCCAUGAAUAUUUUCUUACAUGUUACAGAAAGGACCAUAAUAUUUUUUCUAAACCAACCAUUGACAAACUACAUAGAAUUUUGAAAAGUUAAUAUUCGUAAUGACAUUUUUGCAAUUUUUGCAAUACUUAAACUAAAAUAGUAGGUAAUUAUAACAAUUUUAACUACCUACACAAAAAAAUCCACUUUAACACAUUACAGCAAUGGCAAAACAAAAGAAAUUGAUUGUAGCAGCCUAGCCUUACGGUAAUAAACCAUAGAAAAUGUUAACUUUUGAUGGGCGUGAAGAUGCCAAGCUUCCACCAUUGGGCAUAGUGCUCAGCUCAGUCUAUCAGCAUUAUCACCCACCCAUGCUCCGAGGACUUUACUUUUGUAUCCUUACUGAUUUUCGUCAUCCUGGUUAUUUAAUUAAUAGUAAACUGUUAAACUGAAUUUUAUUUUCUACACUUUGCCGUGAUACAAAAUAGUAGAAACCACCUUGCCUGGAUGUAAUAUAAUGUAAAAAAAAUUGAAUCAACUUAAUUCUUUGAAUACUGUUCAUUUCAGAUUGAGUUUGACUUUCUGAUUCUUAAUAAAUCAAACUUUACCAUUUAGUGUAUUACAAAAGUUCAGAUUUUCAAUCAUUAUAGCAACAAGUUUUGAACUGAACCAAUCCAUACAUUUGGUUUGUUGAUUAUUUUUAGUUUUAGAAAUUGUAUACUUCCAUGUAUUGCUGCGAUUUCAGUUAGCUACUUGGAUUACACUUAAAAAAUAUAUAUAAAUUAAUGAGCACACUACUACAAUUUGAAUUGGUGUUGUUAUAGAACUGAUCCAUCUAUGGAUAUUUUCUGUCUAUAAAGUAGUGAAAUUACUUUGUGACAUCAAAGUAAAACUUUGACAUAGUGUUCUGGUAAAGUGAUAUUGGGAUUAUGCAAAACGCUUCUCAACGUUUAAAUUUAUGCUAGGUCAAAAUGAACCCAUGGAGAGUGUUUGUUGCAGUCUUUUUUUUAUCAUACUGCAAAAGUGUACAGCUGCAAACCUUACAUUCAACAUUCAAGUUGUAAACUUGUAAACAGUAUUUUUGUCCACAAUCUUUUUACAAGUAAAAUUAUAUAUUGUGCUUGCUUACACAGCUUUUCAUCACUAGACAAUUUUUCAAGCUAAUUAUUUUUUCUUAUACACGAGUAGAGUUAAAUUGCCUGUUGGAUACUUGGGAGUCGACAAUAUUUUUAAAUUAGGAGAAAUUAGCUUUAGUUAAAAUAUUUUUGGGCCAUUUUAUACCAAAUCAUCUGAUUUUAUAACAUUAUAGUGCAUCAUCAUCUCAGAUUUUGUUCAAAUAUUUAUCAUUUACACACACUUGUAAAAUAACUGCAAACAAUGUUUUUAAAGCAAAUUCUUAUCAAUAACUUGCAUCAGGUAAAGGAAAAUAAAAUUACCUUAUUUUUCAAGCUAUCAAGUGAUUUCUGGUGUGUAUUAAAGCUAAUUUUCAGCUGUACCUAGGAGUAUAGCUAGUUACAAUAAAAAGUUACUUUAAAUUGACAAUAAGCAUGCAAUACCAAUGUUUGAGUUUUCAACAAAAUUUGUAAUUUCUUUAAGGUUACAAAUAUCACCUUAUUGAAACUUUUUUUUUUAUGAUUGGUGUUAGUAUAUAUUACAAUUUUUCCUUUUUUCAUAGUCAUGAUAAGCAGCUCUAAAAAUAAUAGGCUAAAUAAAAAAAAUAUGAAAAAUGUACAAUUAUUAGUAUAUUGGUUUUACCAAUGUAUUUAUUUUGUAUUGAAAUUUGCUCUCAAAAUAAUUAGACAAUAGACUUGUAAAAGAAACAAGUUUUUCCUUAUCAUAGUUAUUAAUGGCUCCUAACAAAAAUCAUCAUAACUUGAUUGAUUAAGUGUAACUGAUACAUGAUUGGAAUGCAUAAAUUUUAGUCUGCCAUCCAAGAAUGCCAUUGGUAUUUAUAAUUUUUCCUAUCUACCAACUUGGUUUUAAAUAAUUAUGAACUGGUUUGUUUGAUAAUUAUUAAUAUAAUAUGUCAUCAACUUUGAUUUUUUUCUGGACUGAAACCCUUUACGCCACACGGUAAUGCUCUACGAAUUAGGGCAAUGGCACCUCCAAGACUUCAAACUGCGUACUUGGAUACAGACCCUGUGCUCAUAAAUUUGAAUCAUGCCAUGUGUGUGUGAGGCAAUGGCCACAGAGGACCCUAUGAUGAUGUGAAGAAUACCCUGACACUGUUGAUGUAUUCCUGAGCUAACUGGAAAAAUCUUUGGCACUGAGAAUCAGUUCCUCAGCUCCAGUUGCUAACACUUUUAUUGCAUUUUGAAUAACACACAAAUAAUGUUUUGCAAGAAUCUUCUUUUUUUUUUUUCUUUUUUUUUCAUGUUGCAGUGAAGUGAUGUCUAGUAAAAGCUUGCAUCAUCCACAAAGUCAUCUACUGACUCUUUCUUCUAUGUUUCCAGGGUUGAUUUAUCUGCAUAUAUCUAUUGCUUGAAUUGAAAAUUCGCUUAAAUAUUCCAUUUUCAAGAAAUAUGCACGUAGCAAUGACACAAAAAUUUAACUAAAAAAGUCUCUAAAUAAACAGUAAUGGUGCUGAACAUCACAAACACUUAAAUUUCCAGCAGCCUUUUGUUAAUUUGUAUUUUGUUUUUCAGUUUUUAGGUGCACAUUAAAUAACAGUUAUAGAAAUUAUCUCAAAAAAUUUGGGAUUCCUAACGUAAAAAUUAGUAUGAUCUUGCAAACAGUGUAUCUAUUUUUUUCUAGAUUUUAUUUUGCUCAAUUAAAAACAUACACUUACACUGUGGUAUAAAAUAUUGUAAGAAAAUGUUAUUUAGAGGUUCUAAAAAGUCCUGAAAUUAAUUCACCAGGUAUUUGUAAACCUCCUGUGAUAGGUAUAAGUUAUGAAUCUAGAUCUCUGGCACAAUUAUUUAAAACUGGUCACAAACACAAAAACAUAUGACAAGCAAUAACUCAUCAUCUAAUAGAGUACCGUCAUCCGGGGUGAGAUUGGUCCAUUUUAUGGUGUUAUUUACGUUGCAGCUAUUGUAACAGACAAAAAAAUACAGGAAAAAUAUUUUAAAAAUUAGUAAAAUGUUAAUUGUGUUAUUCAGGAAUAUAGCAUGAUUAACAUAAACAAGUAUGUAACAUAUAUUCUAAAAUAUAUAUUUUUUUUAAUGUGGAACAAUCUCACCCAGGUUUGGGGUGACUUUGGUCCAUCUUGUGAAUACUGUUUUCAUAGGUUGAUAUUCUGUUCUGGAGCAAUGUCACCCCUUGCACUCGGCAAGACUGGCUUUUAUCAAAGAAAGGAAUAGCUCAGGAACUAAUAUUUAGAUGUAAAUAUAUGCGUUAAAAAUGGCCACAUGACAAAACAUUAUUUUAGAAUAACAAACAGUUAAUACAUUUUUCAAAUACAGUUACUGUCACCAACUUAAUGUUUAAAACAAAAUUUGAACAUUUUAAAUUGAGUUUUUUCACUAUCUACUGACAAGUUGUGGAUAUAUUAAAAUCCUACAUAGUAAGAAUUUAAUUCUGGCACACUGUAGAAUCCCCUUUUACUUAGAAGUUUAGGAAGUGCAAUUUUUCUUAUUACAUCCUCCCAUUCAUAUUGUAGAGAUUCUUGUUUCUUCGGCCAUUUCCAACUUUUCACAGACUUCUCCAUGCAACUAACAGUUGGUCCUUUUUCGUCAUCAGAAGGUAGUCUCUGGAUAAUCCCGAGAUACUCUUCACCAUUGUAACAAACAGUUAUGAAAUCAUUUUCCUUCAACUCUUUCUUCUGAUGAAAAGUCAAAUAUGAUGAAGUUUUUUUAUAUGAGUUUUCAUUAUCUUCUUCACUGAAGGUCUCACUCAAUUUAUCGGAUCCCAGAUCCAUUUCUUCGGUUUCAC